AAGCAAGAGUAACUGAGAAGAAUCUAAUCGAUUAAAAACACCAAUAGAGUAAAAAAAAGAUUCAAACCCUAAAAAAUAACAACAAUCGCAAGGAAAUAGGAAUCAAACCAAAACUCUAAUUUCAAUUUCGGAUUCAAAAUCGUCCCGUUGAAGCCAAGAUCAAUCUCUCUCUCUAAACGGCUAUAUCUUCUUCCUCUUGGGCAUCUCUUUACAAUGAUUCAUUUUAAUCCGUUAUGUUGAAUUAUAUACUUUCUAAUUUUAAUUUGAAAACCAAAUGCCCAAAAUAUCCUAAGGCCGGCCCGUUUCAUUAAUGUAAUUUUAUGGGUGAUUAACGUUUUUGCUUUUUUCUUUUAAAAAUUCAGUGAACUAAAUUUUUUUUUUUGUCAACAGUGAACUAAACUUAAAACACUUUUCAAUAAUGUAGCUCUUCAUAUUUAUUAUUUUAUGUAUUAACAAUUCAAAAAUAUUUAUAGGAUUUCAUUAAGCCAUGUAAAGUAAAAACUAAAAAUGAAGUAUGAACAAAACACUUAUUGCUUAUCAUGUGUUUGUGCUAAACUGGUAAUUAGAGCAUCACCAAUGUAUAUCUCUAUGUUUUCUUCUAAAAUAAAGAUCUCUAUUAUAGAUGUAGAAUUGCUCCAAUAUGUACCUAUAAUAGAGUUCAUUUAUUUUAGAGGUAAAUAUAGAAAAAAAUUAUUUUUUUGUCUCUAUAUUUAGAAGUGAAAAUAGCAUAUCUCUAUAUUUUUCCCUAUAAAUAGAAAAAUUCUAUUACAGAGACAUACAUUAGAGCAAAUCCACUUCUAUAGAGAUGAAAGUAGAUAUGGGUUGGAGAUGAUCUUAUUAAACCAAUAAAUUUCCUGCAGAGCAUCGAGACCUCUGCUAAUCAGUAAUUCUUUAGGUUUCUAACUUAAUCAACGACAAAACUCCACAACAAGAAAUAUAAAACGAAUAUCUGAAAGUAAAAAAAGAAGUUAAUUGUUGUUAUGUUUGGAUCAAGAAAACUGAGAAAUGACAAUUUCUUGAGACGUAUACAAAACUAAGCUGUAUUAGAUUGCAGCCUCUCUGGUCUAUAUGGCCAUGUCCCACCCAUGGUCCCAUAGUUUGAUGAGAAGAUGAAUAAAAAUGUUGAAAGGUUCUUAUAUUCCCCUUCCAUCUAAUUGCAUCUAGUUAGCAAUCAGAUGUUUCAAAGUUGUGUAUGUUCCAAAGCCAUUGUCUUUGUAUGUUUCAAGAGCCACUAUCAUUAAUUUAAAUUUGUUUAGAAAAUAGAUAUUUUGUUCUUAUGAAUUAACAACAAAAACAUAUAAAAACUUUAGAUAAACCAAACUAGUAUUAUCAUAUUCUCUUCAUGGUUUUUAAAUUAAGAAGUAAGAGAGAAUCUACAAGACAAUCUACAACGUGUAUAUAUAUGAGAAGCAUGAGAUACUUGGAAAAGAAGGAGCUACGUGUAUAUAUGAGAAGUUGUGUAAAUGGGCGUUCCUCACAUUCCUACUUCAUGUUUAGAAAUUAGAACGCUAGCUAGCUAGAUACAAGAAUAUAGAAAGCUUCUUACGUGGUAAACUACUAAACUGAUGUUAUGGAAAUGAUGCAGAGAUUAUGAAGAUGAGUUCAAAAGCAUGUGUAGUGAGAGAGUAGAGGGUUUUGUUGGAAUCAAGGUAUCUGCGUCUCCAAACUGUGCGCACUACUUAACAUUCUUGAUCCGUGAUGAUCAGCGUAAAGGCUGCUGGAUUUCUUCAUCUUCUUCUGAGCCAGAAUCAUCAUCCUCCUCCUCAUCCACUUCAUAAUCUUCAUCCUGUUCAUCCUCUGCAACCUCUUCCUCCCAAAGACUGGGGUCGAUAGCUUCAUGUCAAGAGGAGGAUUGUAUUAGAUACAAUAGAGUAUUGGUUUAUUAUGGUUAGAGGUUAACCACUCCGGUUUGAGUCUCCUUUAGCUUAUCCGGAGUAUUUAAACAAACUGUGUAACAAACUAUUUUGGUUAUCACAUUAAUUCAAGUUACUUCAAUAUGGUAUCAGAGCAGAGCCUGUGACGAUUCUCCAUCAUCGAGCUUCAUGAGUUCUUCGAUUCUUCAAAUUCUUCGUCUCUUCAUCGAGGAUCUGAUUGUGUUCGAGCUCGAGAUCGUCUUCUCCGUCUACUUCCUUUCGGCUUUGCUUCUUCUCCUUUGUUGAAGCUCUCUGCGUUUCUUGAUUUCACUCCGAUUCUUGUGAAAUCAACUACGCUGCAUCAUUUCUCCGAUCGUCAUCGCGAUGAGUUCACCUUCUUCAAAUCGUCACCUUGAUCACUAUGAAAAUCCAUACUACCUUCAUAGCUCGGAUCAUGCCGGUCUCGUCCUUGUUUCCGAUCGCCUCAACACCGGUGCAGAGUUCCAUUCAUGGCGACGCUCGGUUCGUAUGGCUCUCAACGUCAGGAAUAAACUUGGAUUCAUCGAUGGUACGAUUCCUAAACCUCCUGAUAAUCAUCGAGACUCGGGAUCUUGGUCACGUUGCAAUGAUAUGGUAGCUACGUGGUUAAUGAACUCUGUAUCCAAGAAGAUAGGUCAAAGCUUAUUGUUUGUGUCCACCGCUGAAUCGAUCUGGAAGAAUAUUCUCUCUAGAUUCAAACAAGAUGAUGCUCCGCGCGUUUAUGAGAUUGAUCAGAAGUUGAGUUUGAUUCAGCAAGGCUCUGAUGAUGUAACCACUUACUAUACUGCGUUGGUUACUCUUUGGGAAGAGCACAAGAACUAUGUUGAAUUGCCUGUGUGUUCUUGUGGAAAGUGUGAGUGCAAUGCUGCUGAGCUAUGGGAACGUCUUCAGGAACGUAGCAGAGUUACCAAAUUCCUGAUGGGGCUGAAUGAAUCUUAUGAAUCAACACGUCGUCAUAUCCUGAUGCUAAAGCCAAUUCCACCUAUUGAGGAGGUGUUUAAUCUGGUGACACAGGAUGAACGUCAGAGAGCUAUCAAGCCGAGCUCUACUCCAGCAAGUGUUGUUUUUCAAGCAUCUGGUCCAGAUGAGACUUUACUUUCUGCUCCUCCUGAUCAUUCAGCUUUUGCUGCAGCUCAUGCCAACUCAGGAUACCGUCCAAAGCAACGUCCUUUGUGUACCUAUUGUGGUCAACUUGGUCACAUUGUUGAUAAAUGCUUUCGUCUUCAUGGUUAUCCUCCUGGUCACAAGUUCAAUAAGUCAUCUAAUCCUGGACAAGGCACUCACGCUACUGCUGGUUAUGCUCCUCGGGGACAGAACAAUUACAACCAAAGGGGGAUGCAGCCGCAGAACAGCUACAAUCAACGAUCGAUGCAGCAGCAGAACAAUCAUUACACUCAACCACAACACUCUCAACAAGCUAAUGCUGUUGCUCAACAGAUUGUUCCUGCUUCAUCAACUUCUCUCCCUGGUCAGAUGGAUGUCAAUCAAAUUCAGGCAUUACUUCAACAGCUUCAGGCUUACGUUAGUCCUUCUGUGAAUGCAAUUUCUAGUAAGCAGUCUUCCGUCUCUGAAAAUGGAUACAUGGCACCCCAAUCUACUUCUGGAGUCUAUUCAGGGAUUGAUGAUUGGUAGAGGCAUUCUUCUUCAAAACCUUUAUGUUCUUGAGCUUAAUAAUACUACUGCUUCUUCUCUGCCUUUCUGUGGAACCUUGCGAGCCGAUGAGACUCUCUGGCAUCAACGCCUUGGACAUCCAUCAGCUUCCAAGUUAAAGCAAAUGUCUGGUAUUCUGAAUAUUCCUGUCUCUACUAUUGAUAAGUCUGAAUACUGUUCUGUUUGUCCUUUGGCAAAACAGAAG